GGCCCUCAGGCAGGAGGAGAGGUCUGUGGCCCUGCUUGAGGGAAACGGUGUGAGAGGAAGGGAAGAGGGGAAAGACAGUGGUGGGGGAACCCGCACAAGAUCGGCUGGUCUGGCUCUCUGACGCCUUCACAAGAAGGAGUUAAAAUCCACCCAACUUUGGGGUUUUACACAGAGAGGUCACUUUUUUCUGGAUUUGAGAAUUUGCAUCAGGUGGAGAUAUCAGGAUGGCAACCAACGCAGAGGCGGCGAAGCCGGUCAUCAUGAACGAGGAGGAACUGAAGAGGAAGCAAAGGGAGAAGCUUAAGAAGCUUCAGGCCACAGGGGGUAACCCUCGCCCUGCAAGAUCCCUCUUCCUCUUCACCCUCAAAAAUCCCUUCCGCAAGGCCUGCAUCAACAUUGUGGAAUGGAAAACCUUUGAGAUCAUCAUCUUAUUAACCAUCUUUGCUAACUGUGUGGCUUUGGCUGUGUUCCUGCCCAUGCCUGAAGAGGACAGCAAUAAUACCAACUCAAAUUUGGAAAGUCUGGAGUAUAUCUUCCUGAUCAUCUUCACUUUAGAGUGCUUUUUGAAGAUUGUGGCGUAUGGGCUCGUGUUCCAUGAAGGGGCCUAUUUACGGAACUGUUGGAACAUAUUGGACUUUGUCAUCGUCUUCAUGGGCCUCUUCACAUUUGCUUUGGAUACCAUAAAUAAGAUAGCAGGAGUGCCAAUGGAGAAGGGUGGGGGGUUUGACAUGAAAGCACUGAGAGCCUUCAGAGUACUGAGGCCCCUUCGUCUUGUUUCUGGAGUCCCCAGCCUGCAGGUGGUGAUGAACUCCAUCCUCAAAGCAAUGUUGCCUCUGUUGCACAUUGCCCUGCUGGUCUUCUUACUGGUCACUAUCUAUGCCAUUAUGGGACUGGAACUCUUUAAAUGCAAAAUGCAUAAGACGUGCUACUACACAGGCACAGAUAUCUAUGCAGCAGCAGAAGGUGAGUUGCCUGCUCCAUGUGCUCAGGCAGGCAAUGGUCGGCGCUGUAUUAUCAACGGGUCUGAGUGUCGACCUGGUUGGGAGGGUCCCAACAAUGGUAUCACACACUUUGAUAACAUUGGCUUUGCCAUGUUGACUAUAUACCAGUGUAUCACCAUGGAGGGAUGGACCAAAGUGCUGUACUGGGUCAAUGAUGCCAUAGGGAAUGAAUGGCCAUGGCUUUACUUUGUCCCUCUUAUUCUACUGGGCUCCUUCUUUGUGCUCAACCUAGUGCUGGGUGUUCUCAGUGGAGAGUUUACCAAAGAGCGCGAGAAAGCCAGAUCACGGGGAGAGUACCAGAAGCUGCGAGAGCGUCAGCAGCUGGAUGAAGACCUCCAUGGCUACAUGGAGUGGAUCACCCACGCUGAAGUCCUGGAUGCUGACAGAGAGGGCAAAGGUCUCCUGCCUCUGACCAGUGGAGAUUCUGACACAGAUAGCCUGUAUGACAUGGAAGGCAAGAGCCGUAUCAUUUACUACUACCGCCUGGCCCGUCGCUGGAACCGUUUCUUCAGGAUGAAGUGCCUGGUGCAUGUGAAAACUAAGACUUUUUACUGGGUGGUGAUGUUCCUCGUCUUACUCAACACUCUGACCAUAGCCACAGAGUACCACCACCAGCCUGGCUGGCUGACCUCCCUGCAAGAUGUGGCUAGCCGUGUUCUCCUGGUGCUGUUUGUCAUCGAGAUGUUUAUAAAGAUGUAUGCUCUUGGACCCAGAGCAUAUUUCAUGUCUCUGUUUAACCGGUUCGACUUCUUUGUGGUGCUUUGUGGUAUCCUGGAGAUGAUCAUGUUGUCAGCCGGGGCUGUCUCUCCCCUCGGUUUCUCCGUGCUCAGGUGUAUCCGGCUGCUGAGGAUACUCAAAGUCACAAAGUACUGGAAGUCUCUAAGCAAUCUUGUAGCCUCUCUCCUCAAUUCUGUUCGCUCCAUUGCCUCGUUGCUCCUCCUCCUCUUCCUCUUUAUAGUCAUCUUCUCACUUCUUGGAAUGCAGGUGUUUGGGGGGAAGUUCAACUUUAAUGACCACCGACCUCGUCGUAGUAAUUUUGACAACUUCCCUCAGGCCCUGAUCAGUGUAUUUCAGAUCCUCACAGGAGAGGAAUGGACCAACAUCAUGUAUAAUGGCAUCAUGGCCUAUGGAGGGCCCGUUAUACCUGGCAUCCUGGUUUCCAUCUACUUUAUCAUCCUUUUUGUUUGUGGAAACUAUAUCCUUCUCAAUGUCUUCCUGGCCAUCGCCGUGGACAACCUUGCUGAGGCUGAGAGUCUGACUUCAGCUCAGAAAGAGAAAGCAGAGGAGAAGUUGAGGAAGAAGCUACUGAGAUCCAAAAUGCCUGAGAAGACUGAUGAGGAAAGGGAGAGGAUAGCAAAGAAACUGGCAGAGCAGAGGGCCAAGAUAGAGGGCAUGCCAACCACAGCCAAGCUCAAAGUCGAUGAAUUUGAGUCCAAUGUCAAUGAAGUGAAAGACCCAUUUCCACCUGAUGAUUUCCCAGGUGAUGAUGAGGAGGAAGAGCCAGAAAUCCCAAUCAGCCCUCGGCCCCGACCCAUGGCGGACCUGCAGCUGAAGGAAGAAGCAGUUCCAUUGCCUGAAGCCAGCUCCUUUUUCAUUUUUGGACCCCAGAACAAGUUCCGUAAGCUCUGCUACAAGAUCAUCAAUGCUUCAUCCUUCACCAACUUAAUCCUCCUGUUUAUCCUGCUCUCCUCCAUCUCACUGGCUGCUGAGGACCCCAUCGAUCCAAAGUCCUACAGAAACCAGAUCUUGGCUUAUGCUGACAUUGUCUUCACAACUGUGUUCACCAUUGAGAUCGUACUGAAGAUGACGGUGUACGGAGCAUUCAUGCACGAGGGUUCUUUCUGUCGUAACUCUUUCAACAUCCUGGAUCUGAUUGUGGUCGGAGUGUCUCUCCUGUCCAUGGGAAUGGAAUCCAGUGCUAUCUCUGUGGUGAAGAUUCUCAGGGUGCUGAGGGUGCUGAGGCCUCUCAGAGCCAUCAACAGAGCCAAAGGACUAAAGCAUGUGGUCCAGUGUGUGUUCGUGGCCAUCAAAACAAUCGGCAACAUCGUUCUGGUCACCAUGCUGCUGAAUUUCAUGUUUGCAUGCAUAGGAGUUCAGCUCUUCAAGGGUAAAUUCUACAGCUGCACAGAUGUGACCAAAAUGACUGAAGAGGAAUGCCACGGAUCCUUCUUGAAGCACAUGGAGAACUCCCUGGAAGACACAGUGGUGGCUAAAAGAGAAUGGGUCAACAGCGACUUCAACUUUGACAAUGUGCUCAAUGGGAUGCUGGCUCUGUUCACUGUUUCCACAUUUGAAGGCUGGCCAAAACUCUUAUAUAGAGCUAUAGAUUCAGCUGAAGAGGACCGGGGCCCAGUCUACAACAACCGUGUUGAUGUGUCCAUCUUCUUCAUCAUCUAUAUCAUCCUCAUAGCCUUCUUCAUGAUGAACAUCUUUGUGGGUUUUGUUAUAGUCACCUUCCAAGAGCAGGGUGAACAGGAGUAUCAGAACUGUGAGCUGGACAAGAACCAGCGUCAAUGUGUGCAGUAUGCUCUGAAGGCUCGCCCUCUGAGGUGCUAUAUUCCCAAAAACCCCAACCAGUACAGGGUCUGGUACAUUGUCACCUCCUGCUAUUUCGAGUACCUCAUGUUCUUCCUAAUUAUGCUGAACACCUUGUGUCUGGGGAUGCAGCACUGCAACCAGUCGGACCAUGUUACCAAGCUGUCAGACACUCUGAACUUGAUCUUCACUGUGCUCUUCACGGUGGAGAUGAUACUCAAGCUCAUGGCCUUCAAAGCAAAGGGUUACUUUGGAGACCCCUGGAACGUCUUUGACUUCAUUAUUGUCAUUGGCAGCGUUGUUGAUGUCAUCCUGAGUGAAGUCGAUACCGCCCUGGCCUCCAGUGGAGGACUGUACUGUCACCCUAGCUGUGGUGAGACAAAUCCUAUGCAAGAAAUUGCGGCCUCUGAAAAUGCCUCCGUUUCAAUCACAUUCUUCCGACUCUUCCGUGUAAUGCGUCUGGUCAAACUCCUGAACCGAUCAGAGGGGAUUCGUAACCUGCUGUGGACCUUCAUCAAGUCUUUCCAGGCUCUCCCACAUGUAGCUCUGCUCAUAGUGAUGCUCUUCUUCAUCUAUGCUGUCAUUGGGAUGCAGAUCUUUGGGAAGGUAGCUUUAGUAGACGGCACCCAAGUCAACCGCAACAACAACUUCCAGACAUUCCCUCAGGCUGUUCUGAUGUUAUUCCGAUGUGCAACUGGAGAGGCCUGGCAGGAGGUUAUGAUGGCUUCAAUGUAUGGGAAGAAGUGUGACCCCAAGUCUGAUUUCCUGCCAGGAGAAGAGUACACCUGCGGGUCCAACUUUGCUGUCUUCUACUUCCUCAGCUUCUACUGUAUCUGUGCCUUCCUGAUCCUCAACUUGUUUGUUGCUGUUAUUAUGGACAACUUUGAUUACCUGACACGUGAUUGGUCCCUUCUCGGCCCACACCAUCUGGAUGAGUUUAAGAAGAUCUGGGCUGAAUACGAUCCUGAAGCCACGGGAAGAAUUAAACAUUUAGAUGUGGUGACACUGCUGCGACGUAUCCAGCCUCCACUGGGCUUUGGCAAGUUCUGUCCUCACCGGGCUGCUUGCAAGCGCUUGGUUGGUAUGAACAUGCCUCUCAACAGUGAUGGUACUGUCACCUUCAAUGCCACCCUGUUUGCUCUGGUCAGGACUGCACUCAAAAUUAAAACAGAAGGUAAUUUUGAGCAGGCCAAUGAGGAGCUAAGAGCCAUUAUAAAACAAAUCUGGAAACGCACCAGUAUGAAACUGCUGGACCAGGUCAUCCCACCAAUAGGAGAUGAUGAGGUGACUGUGGGAAAGUUCUACUCUACCUUCCUGCUCCAAGACCAUUUCCGUAAGUUCAUGAAGCGUCAGGAGGAGUACUACGGCUACCGGCCAACUAAGAAGAGUGCCUCAGGUCCAGAGAUCCAGGCAGGUUUAAGGAGUCUAGACGAUGAAGCAGCUCCUGAGAUGCACAGGGCCAUUUCAGGAGACCUGCAGAACGAGGAAGAAAUGGACCAAGCUAUGGCAGGAGAAGAGACCAUUUACCAGCGUUCGCACGGUCUCUUCGGUAACCGAGUAGAGUCCUUCUCUGACGAACCUGCCAACGCUCAAGCCCCCCAGAUGACCAGCCAGCGACCCCUCCAGUUCUCAGAGAGCCAGCCUGAGUCUCCACCCAACUCUGCUGCCUUGGUUCCCAAUACAGAUUUUUUCCCCACAGCUUCACUUAAGAGCAACACUAACAACAACGCCUUUGCAGAGUUUUCUUUUGAACGAGAAGGCAGUCCAGACGACUUUUACAAUCCGUGCGAAGAUGCAGAGCUAGACAUGAGACACUCAUGGAACUUCACUGUGAGAACAGACAAAACACAGUUCCCUUAUGAUCCUAACUAUGAGGACAGCCAGAGUCUGAGCACUCAUGAAGCAGCCAACCAUCUAAUCCGAGAGGCUCUUGAAAAGGGAGGUCUAGUCUCCUUGGCCAGAGACCCAGGCUUUGUCUCUGCAACUAAAAAGGAAAUGGCCGAUUCCUUGCACAUCCCGGUUGCUGAAAUGGAGGAUGUAGCUCAGGGCAUGCUCAAGGAACGCAGCAUCCCCCCUGUCAAAAAGAGACGCCCUGUUCCAAUCCCCCCCUCUGCCCCUGCUGUGGUUGCACAGGAAAAGAGCCAGCCUGAUCCCGCUGUAAGGAGAAAGAAACGUCCAAUUCCCACUAUUCCCAAACAAAAGAAGCCAGACGAGGCAGACUCCGAAGUUUAGAGGCUGUUACUUGGGUUUACAUGGUUAAAGUGAAUUUUGACACUAGCAGGUGGCAUCACCUCAUGUCAUAACUACCAAACUUGUCUUCCCUUCACAAUCUCUAUCUGUGAGCCUGACUCAAGGUCUAAAGACAGGUUGGAUGGGGUUUUAAAAAAAUGUCAAGUGUGGUUGGAACGUAGCCAAGGCAGAACAAUAUAUCUGAUGAUGUAACAUCCCUCAGCUUUAUUGAACCAAUAAAAACACUAAUUUAUCUAAAAGUUAACACACUGACGCACUUCUUUCUUUGUAGCAGUUGCUGAAGAUAUCCAUUCCACUUUUGGUACAACCAUGUGGGUGAGCAAAGUGUCUUAUUUAAGCCUCGCUGAGGGAGGCAGGAUGGUGACUGGUGACUAAAAUGUCGAUGGUGACACAUUAAAUACAGAAAGUAGGCUGCAGUGUAGUGCAGUAUAGUGAGGACAGUGGUAGAAACUCCGCUUUGUGGAAAGUUUCUUUGCAUUAAGGCAAAGAAAAGUAACACUUUGCUGGUCUCUGAUGCUUACAAGGCAAGUUAAUGGAUUUUCAGGCUUACUAAGUUUUCUCUGCAAAGCAUUGUUGUAUGCAGCUGACAGAGAAAACAUGAAAAUUCAUUUACCAUUAAAUAAUUAUCCAAAGAUAUAGUAGUAAUAAUUUUUUUGGCAAGUCUUUUUAACUCAUAUUGUAGUGAACAGUGGAUGUUCAUUCUACUGCUGCAGGUUUAAUGUUUUUCUUUUACAUAAAUCUGUAAUCUUUCUGUGUUGUGAUCGGCUCAUUGCAUACCUGGAGUAUGGUUGAUUUAGCUUGAAAGCUCAUUAAAGCCUAUUAUUUUAUUCAUAAAUGCGUAGACAUAGUUUUUGCACUUGUUACAUGUUGCUUACAGGCCUCCCAGAGGGCUGGUAUUCUUUUUUAGUGUCCUCUGAUCUGCCUGUGUUUCACUGUCAUAAAAUAAUGUUUCAAGUUUUGGGAGAUUCUUCUAGUUCGACUCUCCUUUGCUCCUGAAUCUGUAAAAUUAAAGUUGAUGUUACAUUUGUGUAAUGUAACACCACCAUUGGGGAAAAAAAUAAAUAAAAAAAUCCAAAACCUUA